AUGGAAAAAAAAAAUCUUUCGCAAAGAACAGCGAACAGCUCUUACUCCGCCACUUUCCCCACUCCACUGCUGCACGGCACCCACCGUGCAUCCACCGCCAGCGGCCCUCACCAAUCCCCCCCCCCCGCGCACCCCCGCAGUGACGCCGCUGUCGCAUCACGCCCCAUCGCCAGGAGCCCCUCCCGAGAAUCGCAGAAACCCCAUCGCCGGCCGCCUGCCCGCCUCGAUGGGGUGCGGACAGUCCAAGAUCGACCAGGAGGAGGCGGUGUGUCGGUGCCGGGAUCGGAAGCGGCUGAUGGCCGACGCCGUCCAGGCUCGGAACGCCUUCGCCGCCGCCCACACAGGCUACACCGUCCGCCUCAAGAGCACCGGCGGUGCGCUAUCCGACUUCGCCCACGGCGAGGCGCCCGACCCUAGCCUGGUGGCCUCCCAUUCCCACCACGGCGCCGCCGACGCAGCAUCAGUCUCCGCGCCACCUGGCCCCUCCACCGCCUCCGUCCUCAGCGCGCCCUCCCCGCCGCCCCCGCCGCCAUUCCGCGACUUCUCCCACUCCAGCCUCCAACGGUCCUCCUCCACCCCCAACAUCCCUAUGCCAGACCCGAGGGCCGCCACCAAGAACCGGCCCACCGCCGGUGCUGCUAUCCGGGAGGAGGACGAGGACGAGGAGGAAGAUGAUGGGCAUAUUAGGACCGACAGUGAGGAUGAUGACGACGACAGCGACGACGACGAGGAUGAUCACCAUGAGCAUGACGAUAUUAGCGUGGAUGGCAUGGUGCACGGACUGCCACAGAAGCGGGUUGUGAUGGAUAGCGUGGGAUCUUCUCCGGUGACACCGCCUCCGCCACCGCGUCUGAACCCAGACCCACCAACACCGGCCUCUGCAACACCGCCACCUCCGGUGCCAGAGUCACAGAUGGCUACCUGGGAUUACUUCUUUGGCCCGACCCCCACGCCACCGCCCACCCUAGAGCAGCCUGCUGACAAGACUUGGAUGGAAAGGUGUGAGAAUGAGCUAGUGCCCGAGGUGAAAGCACCUGUGACAAAACCAGUUGUUAGUGAACCAGCUGAUGCUGAGGAAAGGCCACCGCAGACAGCAGCAGAGAAGGAGAAAGCCAUUGAGGAGAUGGUGGCAAAUCUACCCCCGUCAAAACCUAUUGUUCGGAAGCCACCCAAGGCUCCUGGCCCGCCGCUGGCAGUACACUACCAGCAUGCCUCGUCGAUGGGUUUAGUUGAGACUCGAAAGGGGAAGAUGAUGGCGGCAUCAGGGACUGCCAGCUUGCUACAGAUUGUUACUCAGCUUGAUGAUCACUUCCUCGGAGUUUCAGAGAGUGCACAUGACGUGUCAAAAAAAUUGGAGGCAACCCGAAUGCAUUACCACUCCAACCAUGCUGAUAGCCGAGGACAUAUUGAUCACUCUACAAAAAUUAUGCAUGUUAUCACAUGGAACCGCUCCUUCAAGAACUUACCUGACCACGAUGACCUGAAUGAUAAUUUUGAGAUUGAUGAAAGAUUUGAAACUCAUGCUGCAGUUCUGGAUAGAAUGCUUGCUUGGGAGAAAAAACUGUAUGAUGAAGUGAAGGCUGGGGAGCUUAUGAAAAUCGAUUAUCAAAAGAAGGUUGUUCUAUUGCAUAAGCAAAAGAAACGUGGUGUUAAACUUGAAACCCUGGAGAAGACAAAAGCUGCUGUUAGCCACUUACACACAAGGUACAUCGUAGAUAUGCAAUCCAUGGAUUCAACAGUUUCUGAAAUAAACCGGCUUCGUGAUAAACAGCUAUUCCCAAAGUUAGUGGAUCUUGUUGAUGGGAUGACUAAGAUGUGGAGUGCUAUGCACCGUCAUCAUAGAAGUCAGUUUAUGAUCAUUUCAGGGAUCAGAGCUUUUGAGGUUCCUCCUGUUCCAAGAGAAACCACUGAUUCACAUUACAACCAGACUUGUGAGCUUCGUGACAUCAUUAGGGAGUGGCACAUGCAGUUUGAGAAACUGAUGGACAAUCAGAAAGCGUACAUCAGAGCACUCAAUGCAUGGCUGAAGCUUAAUCUCAUCCCUAUUGAGAGCAACUUGAAGGAGAAGGUCUCUUCUCCGGCAAGGCAGGUGGAUCCACCUAUCAAACACCUGCUGCAUGCCUGGCAUGACCAGCUUGAAAGGCUUCCAAUUGAGCUUGCAAAAACUGCAAUCAAAAGCUUUGACGAAGUGAUAAGCAAUAUUGUACACCUUCAGGAAGAGGAAGUAGGCCUAAGGAGGAGAUGUGAGGAAACUCGCAGGGAUCUGAACCGAAAGAGAGCACAGUUUGAGGACUGGCAUCAAAAGUACAUAGAGAGACGGGCAGCGUUAGGUGAGGAUGCAAACCCUGAAGCAGCUGAAACUCAAAACCCAGAUCCUGUUGAAGAGAGGAGACAUGCCAUCGAGGAAGUAGAGAUUAGGCUGAGGGAACAGGAGGGACACCACCUUAGGCAUGCCAGGCAGGUAAGAGAAAAAUCCCUCGCGAACCUCAGGACACGCCUGCCAGAGCUCUUCAGGAACAUGGCUGAUUUCGCUUUCUUUUGCCAUGACAUGUACAACAAUUUGAGAAAAACUGCUGGCGUGCUCAACGAUAAAGUCCAAGGCUGAUGCUAUACGUUUGUAGUCGUACUCAACCAGCAAUAGGGAAAAAAACUUUGGUUGUGAGUGUUUCCUUUUUUUUUUUGUGGGAAUGGCUAGGUGUUUCCUGGUGACGUGGGCAUCCUGAGGUCAUUUUCAAUGUGUUGAGUGCGUUGUAGAGUUAGUGAUCAUUAAUUCUGUUUGUAAAUUGAAAUGAUCCUAACAUGAUGUUCAACCUCAUGGAAAAAAUUCUUUCUUAUCUAUCUCUUUUCUGAUU